UCUCACCUGCCGCUGUCCCCCCUCCCGCCUUUGACGGUUGCCCAAUUCACCCCUAUGCCUGAGAGAAAAAUCUACCUGUCCGCCGCACGGGACAAAGCCAGCAGCCACAGCCGCCUACUCUGUUCCUGUCUCUCUCUCGGCGUAGGCCCCGUUGUGGAGGGCGAUUUUAUGUGGUGACCCGAGCGAUCGCCAUGGCAACGGAUCAAUAGAUUUUCUUCCCCCUGCGAGGUGUCCUUGCUCUGGCGAAAAAAACGAACAGAAUUCGCCCCCUUCUUUGUGCCACCCUCGUACGGGAGGACAACGGAACGGAACAACAGAACCGUGCGAUAUGCGGAGGGAGAGAUUUAUUGCGCCUCCGAGUCGGAGCUGUUCCUGGUCCUGGUCUGUCGACUGACGGUUGGUUGAUCGUCGCUUGCGACGUGUAGAACGUAGUGUGCGUGGCUCCCACAGCCAGCUUGGAUCGACGAUCCAUCCGACACGACUCCCUCGCCACCGCAGAGAAAGAACGCCAGCAGAGGGGACGUCGUUUUCUCUUUCCGCUGUCUUCUUCCUGGGAAGUGCGCAGGGGACGCCGUGCGGGAGAUACAUCCGAGGUCAUGUGCAGGGUUGGAGCACAGGCUGGCACCAGCAGCGGAAAGGUGUUUUUGCGUUAUGUAGCCGUUGAGCGCGCGUUGUUGGUACCUCUCCCCCUUUGAAGCAGAAGCAGUCUCAGUUCAGGCAGGCAGGCAGGCAGCUAGGCUCCGAGCGCCGGGAUGAGGUAACACGGGCGAACGGACGGACGGGCAGACGGAGACGGACGGUAGCAGGUGUAUCUUUUUCCCAGUUUUCUGCUUCCUUUCCUGCUGGCUCGAGCCGCGCCGCGGUCUGUAUGUGUGUGAGUCAGGCGAGGCGGUUGGAGCCUCACCCAUACACAGCGGAAGAGUAGGAGGCAGCUCGAGAGGAAGGCAAGCUGCUGCUGGCUGCGCUCUCUGCUCGGAUCGGACGGACGGAGGGUUCGAAACGAGCUCACAGCGAGAGAUGAGGUCAGUCGCGGAGAUCUCUCCGUCAGGAUCAAACGUGUUUCACCUGUGCGGUUCGGUACGUCUCGGUUUCGUUCAGUAUCUCGUGUGUGUGUGUGCGAAGAGAAGAGAAGAGUGUUGUGCGGUUCCGUUUCAUUUUUUAUGGAUGACAUUCUGCGCGUUAUCUGCACGUCGUCGUCCAAUGUCGAGAAGAUCCAGUAGGCGCAGCACUCCCGCUGGUAGCCGUCCAAAGGGUGGCGCUACCAUAGCAACGACAGACAAACAAAGCCGUCUCCGAUCCAGCUCAUCGAGAUCACAACCCGCCAUGGAUCUUCGCCGGUUGUCAUCCCACUCGGACUCCUCGCAGGAACCGAUGGACAUCAGCUCCUCCGGCAAUCGGACGGUCAACAGCAGCAGCAGUGUCAGCGAUGCCAACAACUCCUCGCUGAACAACAACCAUCAUCUGCUCAGCAAAGCCCUCAACAACCAGCACCACCACCACCACCACCACCACCACCACAACAACAACAACAGUCAUCCGAGCCGAACCAGUGCGGACAAUUCCGACGCUGUCGACUCGGAUGAGGAUCCCCGACAGCAGCAAUCGCGUCACUCGGCGAUGCUGCAGCAAGCCCGCCACAGCGCCCGCAGCGAAAACCUGCACGCCCUGAUGGAAACCAUGCUGCGGCGGAAGGUGCACAGCUUGAACAACAACAACUAUGGCAGCGGCACCACGCUCUUACAGCAGCACCUGGCGGCAGCGGCGGCGGCUGCUGCAGUGGCGGCCAACGUGGAAAACAACAACCACGAACCGACGGCAACGGCAGAGGGCGACCACGUGACCAAGCAGUACGUGUGCCCCAUCUGUGACACCAUCACCAUGACUAAGCAUGACUUCACGGAGCACAUCCGGUCGCACAACAACAACAAAGCCGGCGUCACCGGAGACAACGGCGAGGGUCAGUUUGUGUGCAAGAUCUGCUCCAAGGUGCUCUCUUCGGCGUCCUCGCUGGAUCGGCACGUCCUCGUCCACACCGGAGAGCGUCCGUUCAACUGCAAGUACUGCAACCUGACCUUCACCACCAACGGUAACAUGCACCGACAUAUGCGAACUCACAAGCAAUCGGAACGGGAGAGUUACGAAAGCGACGGGUCGACGGAUAGCGGAGGGAGUAGCGGAGGAAGCAGUGGCCUAGCAAACAAUAAUAACAACAUCUACAGCAGCAACUACGAUGGCGAGGGCAAGCGGAAGAACUCCGAUGAGAACGUGCACUACAAGCGCAAGAUCCGGACGAUCAACAACAACAUCCUGGACGGCGCCGUCACCGAAGGCGUCCAGAAGUUCUGCUGCCCGGUUUGCAUCCGGAACGAUUUCUCCAGCAUGGUCAGUUUGGAGAACCACAUGGACCGGGAGCAUCCGCAGAUUCCGGCCAAAUGCAGACACUGCGAAGUGGUGUUCAAAAGCUACAAGGCCUUGAAUGCCCAUCGGUGCGGAAACAACAACUACCAGAACAUCAUGCCUGGCUUCAAGGACUUGACGUUCGUGGACUUCUCGAGUGAGAAAUUCCCAAUCAUCGCCAAAAAUGUCUGCGAGCAGAGCAUCCGAACUCCGGUCACCAGUCAGAAGUUCGAAUGCGACAAAUGCUAUCGGGCGUUUCCCUGCUCGAAGACUCUCGACAUGCACAUGAAGGAAUGUGGCGUGUCGGACAACAACACCGGUGGCGAGAAACGCAAAUGGAAGAUCAGCGAAGGAUCAUCAGAAGAAGACGUCAAGCGGGACGACUUCUUUGCCAAUCUGGACCUCCAGAACAAGUCCAUGUCCACUAACAUGUCGUCGAACGUAUCGGAAGCACCAACUACGCCUUCAUCGUUGGACAAAUCCUUCACAUCCCCCGUCAUGUCCCGGGAGAUCAAACAAGAACCGACAACCUACUACCACCACAGCGGAGCCAACUUUCCCGCUCAACAGGACACCAAAGAUCUCGCCGACAUUCAGUCGAUCAUCAAUGUGACCUCCUCGGGAAGUUUCUUCCGCCAGCUGGACAAAGACCCAUACCCGCCGCUCAAGGACGAAGAGGAAGCUCAGGAUGCCUUCACCGCCGAGUUCCGUAAGAUGAAACUCCGCGGCGAGUUCCCGUGCCGGCUGUGCACGGCCGUUUUCCCGAACCUUCGUGCCCUCAAGGGACACAAUCGCAUUCACGUGUCAGCCGCCGGCCCUGGACCGUACCGCUGUAACAUGUGCCCGUACAUGAUCAACGACAAAGCCACCCUGAUCCGUCACAUGCGCACCCACAACGGCGAUCGACCGUACGAGUGCGCCCUCUGCAACUACGCCUUCACAACCAAGGCCAACUGCGAGCGCCACCUGCGGAACCGCCACGGACGGGCCAGCCGAGAUGAAGUCAAGCGCGCCAUCAUCUACCACCCCUCGGAGGACUCGUCCUGCGAGGAUCCGCUCAAGAAGAUGCAAAUGUUCAACACUCCGCCGGGCGACUUCGAUCGGGAUCUCGAUGUGGACCAUCCUUCGGAUCGGAGCACUCCGGUCUCGCAUCUCCAGGAUAUGCUCAUGCCAAGUCCGAUGAACCUAGUCACCAAAAUCGAUAACAACCCGAUGCCGACGACGCCGGCCAAGAUUCAGGUCAAGAGUUUGGAGAAGCUCAACCAGCUGACUCCACCUCAAGAGCAGGACUUUGACAAGGUAGUGUCGAGGCCGCCUUAUUCGCCGAGACGUUGCGAUAUACUGGAUCUCAGCAAAAAGCCAGAACCUAAACCUGUCGUCACCCGACAGGAACCCGAUGCCGAUUCCGAUCAUCCACAAUCAGAGCCGGAGGAUGAAGAAGAUGACGGGGAUGACGAAGACGAAGAUGCUCGCAGGGACGAUGAUGCCGAAGACGAGGAUGAGGAAGAACAGCAACAGCCGGCCAGCAAAAUACCCAAGCUGGAUCUGUCUCAGCUGGAGAAGAAUCAACAGCAGCUGCAACUGAUGCAACAGAAGCUGUUCAGCGAAGCACUCACCGAUCCCACUCGUUACUUCCAACUCAGUCAACUGUACAGUCGCUGCGGUUUCCCAGCGAUGCCUUUCCCGCUUCCACUGUUCCUAAACAAUCCGCUCCUGUGCGCACCGGGUGCCCUCGGGGACAUGAAAAACUUCUUCCCCAAAGACUUCCCCGCCAUGCUACCCCAGAUGUCCGGCGGGAGUCUCAUCGGAAACCCAUUCCUUUCGCCAUCUGAAUCGCCCAAACAACAGGAUCUUUCGCAGUCCCAGCAUUCGCCACUGUCUGUGCACUCCAAUCACGCUGCGUCUCCGAUCCCACCGUCCAAGCAUGCUCAACCAUCGCCACCAGGGUUGCCAAAUCACCUUCUCAAGGCUCAACCGCCGCAAGCACCGCCACCACCACCGCCCCCAUCAAUGCCAACGAUUCCCCUCGGAAACGGACCCGUCAAAAUGGUCAUCAAGAACGGAGUCCUGAUGCCAAAGCAGAAGCAACGCCGCUACCGUACCGAGCGGCCCUUCGCCUGCGAGCACUGUUCAGCCCGGUUCACACUGCGUUCGAACAUGGAGCGGCACAUCAAGCAGCAGCAUCCGCAGUACUGGUCGCAGCGGCAGCGCGGCGGCCACCACAUGAUGCGAGGUCGCGGAGCAAGCCAUCACGCGGGGAUGACCGGUGGCCAUCACCAUCCAUCUAUGGCACCGACUGCAUCGGCCGCCGCCGCUGCUGCUGCCUCUCCUUUCGGCAGCAUCUCCGAGCAGGUCAAAUACGCCAUCUUGGCGCAACAGUCGGGCAAGGCAGGGCGCACCGGCGAAGGCAGCGGGAUGAGCAGCAUGCUUCAGAACAUAAUUGCUCAAGGACAGCGUCCAAACGCGCCGCCGUCAAUGAUGGAGCAACAGCAGCAAGAGGAGCAUCAGCGGCGAAUGCCAAUGGACAUGCAGAAGUGGCAGCAGUUCUUGCAACAGCAGCAGCAUCAGCAAGCUCUACAGCAGCAACUGGAAAGACCAAGUGCCAACCAUAACAGCAGCACUAGCAACAACAACAACAACGGACACGGAGCCGACGAUGAGGAAGAGGAAGAUGAACGAGAGCUGGUUAUUGACGAGGAGUUCCAACCGGAGGACUUGAGCAAGGGGAACGAAUCGGAAGACGAGAGGCCGAUCAAGAAGGAAAGUCCGGUGUUUCAGCAUCAGAUUCUGAAGCAGAAGCUGGAGGAGAGUAAGGAGCAGAGACAGCAAGCGGCCAAGGCCGUGGCCGAGGGAAUUUUGGAGCAAGCGAUGCGCCAGCGCAAGGAGCUAGAGCGGGAGAAGGAGAAGGAGAAAGAAGCGGCGAAGGAUACGGACAGUGGCAAAGAGGAAGGCGAUCUGGUGCCGGUUUCCAAACUGGUGGACAAUGCAACGAACGUCGCGUUCGAGAACUAUUUUAGCAGACCUGAGGUUCCGCUGUCGCAGGACCAGAGCGAUGAGGAGGGCUUGGUGGCGUCUGGGUCGGCUUCGGAGAGCAACAACUCCGGCACGGACGAUCCCAAUCCAUCUUCGAUCCAGCAGAAGAAGAAAUCCGCCUACAGUUUGGCUCCGAAUCGGGUCAGCUGCCCGUACUGUCAGCGGAUGUUCCCGUGGUCCAGUUCGCUGCGGCGCCACAUCCUGACGCACACUGGCCAAAAACCGUUCAAAUGUUCUCAGUGCACGCUGCUGUUCACUACAAAGUCCAACUGCGAUCGGCACCUGUUGCGAAAGCACGGUGACGUUGAAUCGGCUAUGUCGAUUCCGGUGCCGAUCGAUGACCUGCUGGAUCCGAAACCGGAACCCAUUCCGGUUGCCGUCGCCGAAGCCAUUGCCAAAUCCAAAGCCACACCGCCAACUUCCCGCCCAGUCAGCCCCAAGCCGCAACCUGCUCAACCCACAGAAGAACCCAAGAAGCAUGCCAAGGAACCGGAACCGGAAGAACCUGAACCAAUCCCAACGCAGCCCUGUCCGCAGAAAAUCAAAGAAGAACCAUCCGCUGCCGACGCCGAAGAGCAACUCUCGGAACCCCAAAUGUCACUUGAGGACCCUAACAUUCCUCCGGUCAACUCAGAUCUCCCGUUCAAGUGCCACCUGUGCGACAGCUCGUUCGUCGACCGGGUUUCGUGCCUGGACCACAUCAAGCAGGCCCACGCCCACGACUUUGCCCUCCUGAUGAACAAGGUCACCCUGGAGACGGAAAGCGAAGCACCGUCUGCCUCGCCGGAUGAUGACGAGAGCGGUAACAAUGGCGAAGGUGGCCGGGGUGGAAAGUACCCCGACUACGCCAAUCGGAAGGUAAUUUGCGCCUUUUGUCUGCGUCGCUUCUGGUCGACGGAAGAUCUGAGGCGCCACAUGCGUACGCACUCGGGCGAGCGGCCUUUCAAGUGCGACGUAUGCCAGCGGCGGUUCACCCUCAAGCACAGCAUGCUGCGUCACCAGCGGAAGCACAAGUGCGGCCGCCUCAGCGGCGUACUGUCAAAGAUUGUCAGCGACGCCGCCGCCGACGCCGACGCCUCCGGUGGCAACAGUUCGGACCUGAGCGAUGACGAGCAUGAGCAUCAUCAUCAUCAUCAUUCGCCGGCGGCAGCCCUGGUCACGGCCCGGACCAAGUCGCUCCUCAGCCAGUCGGAUCUGAUCAGCAACCUGCUCGGCAUCAACGAUCAGGGCAUCCUGAACCGGAUGCUGCUCGGAUCCGCUUCGGAGGCGGCCAAACUGCUCGGCGUCGAAAAGUAGGCAAAUUUACCGAGCGAAAGGCGAAAGCAGCGAUUCUAGUCAUUUUGGAUUUUUUUUUGUGACAUGAUUUCCCACACAUUCCACAUACACACACACAUACACACCUGUAACGAUUGAUCUUGCGCGUGUAAAUAGAUUUCUAUAGCGAGCCGCCGACAUCGGCGGCUCGAAUAGCCUUGACGAUUGAGUCCUCGAAUAGUAGGCGUGUGCCGAAUUUGGUUUAGUUACAGCGGUACGCGCCAGUUGGAUCGCCAAAUUCCACAAACUGUAAUUCUAAUUCAAACGUAAAGUAUAUAAUGCCUUAAACGACAUCGAAAAUCAAAAGAAACAACUGUAGCGAGUAAGGGUUGUGUAGUUUGGUAGGUAUUUAUUUCAACAACUAUUAGAUAACAGAGAGAGAGAAAGAGCCGAUCAAAUGCGGAUUGUCGUUUGCAAGCGAUGUAAUUUAUAAUUAGGAAGCAGCCUUUUACGCAUGAACCGAAGUGGCUUAUAACAGUUAGUAGGCGAGUAGAGCAGAAAGUGUACUUAAACAGGCUCAUGACCGGUGUUUUACGGUAAAAACGAGAGCAGUACAUGCCAGAGAAUCAAAAUUUGUUGUAUAGAAGUGCUCUUCGAGUUUCCCAGCGGUUCAAAACUGAGCGACCAUCUUUUUAACGUUGGGCCUUCGUUGAGCACGUUUGUUGCACUGAACGAAAACACCAUGCUUGUUUCAUUAGCUUAGUUAGAUGUUCUCUCUAGAGGAGUUUGUUUUAGCUGUUUUAUGUUUACCUCAAUCCGAUCGUAGAAGUCAAUGUUUUUUUAAAAGACUGUUUUAUUAUUUUUAUACAUUCUCUUUUUUACGCAAAACAAAUGCUUGAUAUGACUUAAAUUUUAGCUCGUAGUACGAAUAGAUUAUUUUUACAAACAAACCAAACUGCUUAAUUUUUAAUAAACAACUUCAUAGGUUUCCCAUCGCUCUUACCACCAUUACAAUUAUUUUAUACAAAAUACACAAAGUGUGUGCGUGCAUACUAGUUUAUAAUUUAGCGACACGUGGACGAAACGGAUGUGCCUCUUGUAGAAAACAGGAUUUUUAAUCAUUCCUCUUUAUAUAGACAAACCUAGCGAGUAAGGAUAUUUCCAAAUUUCCCCACAAAAUGAAAAGGCUCUGAGCCUUCGUGCAGCGAUUCUCCAGCAACGUUUGUUUGUCCCUAUCUUCCCCUCCUAUAAAAAAAACGAGAGUAGUAGUUGUACAUACAGAGAUACUUAAAUCCCAUUUUUAGCGUUUUUUUUUUUAAUUUAAUUUUAUGUUUUCAGUUUUCUUUUUAAAUAAUUGAUUCGCGUGUGAAAAGACUUAACCGAAACAAUAUACAGCAGAUAACCAAAGUUGCGAAAGACGAAAACCGCGGUAGCCCGUCGCUCUGGGUGCGUUUGGCGCCCGAUUGCCGAAAUCGCUGGCGCCUCACCCGAACGACGGGAGAACAUUUUUUGAGUGCAAUUCAUAGGGCAAAGAGAACGACUUUUUCACUUUUUUAACUUAAUAAAAACAAAUUUAUGGAAAAUCCAAAGAUGAAAAGAACUUUAAUUUUACGAGCAUAAUCUAAUAAACUAGAGAAACAAGAAACGAAGCAUACCAGAACAACGCAAGUCAACGUGUGAACUCCUUAUGUUCACACACAAACGAAAAAAACCCUAACCUUAAAACAAACAAAUACAACUUCAAGUGCCAUCAGAAGACAUAGUGCGUGCGCGCGUGAAGACUCGCCAGCAGAGAAACGUUGAGAACACGAUUGCUCACUUCUAGGUUCGUACAGUACGUAAACCACAAGUCGUCAACCAGGUCGUCUUAUCUCAGAGUUCUGCGUUAGUCUUUGCGUAGAUUUCCUUCGAAAAAUAUUGAUGCGAGAUGGACAAAGUUCAUUGUACAGUACUGGAAGAAAAAUCAAAUUGCCCCGACAAAGCUAUUGGCGGGACGACCGGAAACCAAUCACACGUUAGCAAAUAAUAUGGAAACGGAACGUGAUUCGACAUUAGAAGACAAGCGAAAGCAUACCUACUUAACUUAUUUCUUAAACGAAGCAACAUUACAUACACGACACACACACACACAGGACAAACACACACAACACGGUUUAGUGCCUAAACGAUUUGCUAUCUAUCUAUCUACUUUUUUUGAUGAUGGACAAUUGAAUUGGUGAACAAUAUACAUAUUAUAGCCAAGAACAACACAACAACAACAACAGCUACUUGAUAUAAAGUCGGAUAAAUACGAAAAAUCUACGAUUCAGAAACCCUAAACUUAACUUAUAGAAAGCAUAGUUACUUAUAUAUUAUAUAUAUGAAUAAAACAUGAUCUAUGAUUGAAAUAUAUCAAUAAACUUUUGAAAAGAUGAAA